AUGGGCCAGUCCACAAGCAAGGCAAUCCCAUCGGAUGCGGCCGCCGUCGAGAUUCCUUCGCGCGGAAGCAUCCGAGGCGUGCUUCUGACCGACGCGGCCACGGCCAAGCCCAAGACGCAGCGGUUCAGCGGCAUACCCUAUGCACAGCCACCCGUCGGUCCGCUCCGAUGGCGUCGGCCGCAGCCGCUCAGCCCCGACUUCAGCUUCGAUGACGGCGGCCGACGCUACCACGAGCCAGGCAACGUCUGCCCGCAACCCCUCACCUACUUUGCCAAUACCGGCUUCGAGAUCCCUCCCCAGCCGCUGGCCUACAACAAGAGCGAGGACUGCCUCCAGCUCACCAUCUGGGUGCCCGUAGAUGAGCACGGCCAGAGGAAGCCACCGUCGGCGGGUAAGCAGGGCCUGCCCGUCCUCUUCUUCAUCCACGGAGGCUGGCUGCAGAUUGGCAACCCCAACCUCGACGUCAACAAGGACCCCUCGGACCUCAUCGCCUCGGCCGGCCUCGACUGCAUCGUCGUAUCUCCGGGCUACCGCCUCAACGCCUUUGGCUUCCUCGCCCACAACGCGCUGCGAGACGAAGACGAGAGCGGCCUGACGGGCAACUACGGCUUCUGGGACCAGAGGCUGGCGCUCGAGUGGGUGCGCGACAACAUCGCCCACUUUGGCGGCGACCCCGGCAACAUCGCCAUCGGUGGCAUCUCUGCGGGCGCCCACAGCUCCCAUUCCCAGCUUCUGCACGAGUUCGACCUCUGCCGGGCGGAUCCGUCGUACAGGCCCAUCAUCAAGCGCGUCUUCUUGCAGUCCAACGCGGUCGCCUGGCCUCCCAAGCGCGUCGAAGAGACGGCAGAGCAGUUUGAAGAGCUGUGCGCCGCCCUCGAUAUCCCAAUCAGCCUCGCCGACGGGGACAAGAUCGAGCGGCUGAGGAAGGUCGGCGACGUUGAGCUGGCCGAAGUGGUCACCAAGCUCGACAUGCAUACGUUCCGCGCCGUCCGCGAUGACCGGCCCGGCGCCUUUGUUCGCUCGAGCUGGACCUCGUCCAUGGCCGACGGGAGCUUCGGACGGUGGUGCGAGGAGCAGAGCAUCACUGUGCUGGCGGGCGAAGUCGACAAGGAGGAAAAGGUCUACGAGGUCGUCAACAGCCCGCACGACCUCGACUCGUUCGUCCUGCAGCUCACCAACUACUACCCGGAGGCGUUGGUGCAGGCCAUUCUGCCGCUGUAUGGUCUGCCGCAGACAAAGAAGAUGCCACCGCUCGGGGCAUCUGCCCUUCCGACAUCAGCAGGGCAGCACGAGGCGGUGUCUGAUUCUGACAGGGCAGCGUCCACCGAAGGCGGCGAGCUCGAGGAUCUCUACACCAUCUUUGGCGUCAGCCGCACGGCUUCAAAGGCCGAGAUCCGGGCGGCGUACCUCGGCCUGGUCAGGCAGCACCAUCCAGACAAGGCACAGCAGAGCGACAGCUCGCUCCUCGCACCGGACACUUCGUCGAGCGCGCUAAUUCGACAGCUCAACACGGCCUACUCGAUCCUGAGCGACGACCUGACCCGCCAGGCCUACGAUCGGGCGCUGGAGGCGCAGAUCUCCCAGGCCGAAGCGGCCAAGCAGCAGCGCGACGGGAAAGGCCAAGCAAUGAGGCUCGGAGGCGAGGGCAGCGACGACAGCGACAGCGACAGCGAGGAUGACGAGAGAGGGGAGGAGGUGACGUUCGUGCACCCGUGUCGGUGCGGACACGACUACCGCAUCAGCGGCACGCAAAUCUCGCAAGGCGUCGAGCUGGUGGCGUGCAACGGGUGCUCCGAGGUGGUCCGCGUAACGUGGUUUGACCACGACGAUCCGGCAACCGCCGCCGCCGCCGCCGCUGUGGCCUCGGCGUCGGACAAGCAAAAGCAAGCGGUACCGACGACGGCUCGGGAGUGGGCGCAGCUCUUCGGGCAGGUGUCUGCCGACAGCCAGGUAUACCUGACGUCUCGCACGCUCAUCGAGGACCUUGUCAAGGGGGGAAUGGCACCGCACGCCAUCCUUCGAUACCGGUGCGACUUCCGCGCCCCCAUCUUCGACACGUUCGCGCCGGCCUCGAUGGGCGUGUCGCACUCGUUUGACGACCUGGUGUGGUGGUACGCCCUCUGCACGGGCGGCUGGACCGAGCAGCAACUCAAGCGGCUGCGAAAGUGGCUCGACCCCUACAUCCGUUUCCUCCACGGUCCUCCUGCCGGGACAGACGUGAGGGAGUGGAGAGAGGAUAUGGCCGUAGCGUGGUACGGACCCGAGUACGACGUCGAUACCACCACAGAGGCCUCGUGGAUCCGCACCCUCAAGGCCGACGCUACCAUCCAGGUCGAAAAGACUGACCAGAGGGGCGACGACAAGCGCUCCUUGAUCCGGGCGAUGCGCGAGAUCAGGGAAAAGGUAGCGGCCACAUAG